GGUAAACAAAGUCGUGCUCCGAUUAAUGUAUGACGCCUCCGAUGUAUCCCCAUAUUCCGCUUGCAUUGUCUUUCCCGCCGACACAGCAGCAUAAUGCUGCAUGCACAUAAUACGAUAGGCUCGAUAUAUUGAUAUUUGAUGCUUAUAGAUAUCAACACUUCAUCACGCUUCACACGCGCCAGUCUUGGCGCGGCAUCGGGUGUGUAUUUAAAGCCCACAAUACAAGCAAAAUACAGCAUAAAGUGUCUAAACCUUAGUAGAAUGUCAUCGCGUCGCUACACGGCGGCCGCGCUGGCCCUCGUCCUCGCCGGCGUUGUGGGACUCAUGACCGGGCGAGCGCAAGGUCAGGCGCCCGAGGUGUGCUGGUUUCGGCAGCUGGCGCCAUACGGCAUAAACGCCGGCGUCGGCACCAAUCGCAUCACACCUGCCGCUGGCGGCUCGGUGCUUGUCGGCGGUGACGCCGCCCUUGCCUGCCUGAAGCGGACUGGAGAGCUGCGCUGGGUGUUCCACUUCCAGAGGCUGCUGGAGGCAGUGGCGGACAAUGAAACUUUCAUCUACCCAGCCCGUCAGGACGGCGUGAACCCAAUGUGGGUCGACCCCGAGUCUGAGCUGGUGUUCCUGGGCGCCAGCAGCCGUGUGCUUUACGCCAUAGACAUCGCCACCGGCGCCCUGCGGUGGAGCUGGUCGGGCGCCCGCUCCGUUUUUGAGUCAGUCAUAGGCGCAGACGGCCGCGUGCACGUGGAGACGACCGACUUCAAGCACUGGGCUCUGGACAUUGCUACGGGCCGGGUGCUGUGGAACGCCGAAUUCCGGCGUGUCUCCAACUGCCAGACCGGUGUCUUCAACGGUGUGCUGGUCCGACCCAACAUUGAUGGGCUCAUCUUCGGACUCAACGCCACAAGUGGCGCGUACCUUUGGCAGGGCACCCAGCAGCUGGACGUUGUGCAGCAGCUGUGGGAGCCCGACAUGCCCUUCAGGACCUUCCCCGAGUACCCCCUGGGCCUGGCUUACGUCAGCGACUCAUCAGGAGAUGUGGUGGCGAUCGACCUGACGACGGGCAAAUACGUCUGGCGGGUCGCAGCAGCUGCCGGCUACAACACCAAGUGGAACCAUCGCAUGAACCUGGAGCUGUGGGGAGACCUGCUCAUCGUGCAUUCCCAGGGCUUCAUAUCAUUCGCCCCGGGAGGCGACAAGGGAAUCAUCAUGGCCCUCAACGCACUAACGGGCGAGAGGCUCUGGAUCCGUGAUGACGUGUACCCGAGCCUGUGCGGCAUGACUGUCAGCCAGGGCCUGCUGGUGUACAGCGCAUUCAUCCAGCCGUACGAGGGGGACAAGUACGGGCCUGGGCCGGUAAACAACAAGAUCCAGCUGGUGGCGCUCCACGAGGACGGCAGUGAGGCUUGGAAGAUCGAGAGCAACAACAAGGUGUGCACCGGCAGCCUGCAGGAGCUGGACGGAAUCGUCUACUACAUGUACACCAACACGACGUCUGCGGCAAACGUCAUGGAGAUCAUGGCGCUGCCCGCCGCGCCCCGGGGCGGUGCCAGGGCCUGCCCCGCAGGAGUGCUGUCUCCGGACCCCGAGCCUGUUCCGCCCACACCGGCUAAGCCGAUGAUGACCGCGCCGGCCGCGAGCGACGGCCCCUACUGCUGGAAGCAGACCAUGGCCUUCAAGCCGCUGGCCAGCCCCGCCACGGACAACAAGUAUAUAUAUGUCCAGGAUAACGCCGGCCUCAUCAUGGCGAUUGACAUCAGGUCAGGCGAGGCGGCUUGGAAGGCCACUGCGGGCCCAGGCAGUGUGUCAAUGGCCUAUCCCACCAACAUCCUUUUGGCGGAGGGACUCCUCUUCCUGGGCACCGCCGCCUCGGAGGUGCAAGUGCGCAACGCAUCCACAGGCCACCUGCUGUGGCGCCGCCAGUCCGGCAGCCGCCCCAACUACCCCAACCUGUACCCAUCCUUCUACGGCUAUCCCGCCUACGCCAAUGGCAUCAUGUACAUCGGCACACCGGACGCCUACAUCAACGCCUACAACGCAACCACAGGCGAGGAGGUGUGGAGCUACUACAUUGGCGUGUACCGGCCUGACACGGUGCAGUACAGCGCUGAAGAUAACCUGGUGUACGCGAUCAGUCAUGACGCCGACGUGGGAUACAGUGACCAGCUGACAGCAUGGCUGCUGGCCUUUGACGCCACGGAUGGCACCGUCGUGUGGGAGCGCAAGAUGGACAGCUUUGCGAGCGAGAGCGGUUUCCUGAAUGUCGUGAACGGGGUCAUGGUGUUCGCGACCAAUGAGGGCGAGCUGCGCGCUUACAGUGCGGGUCGGGGCGGCGGAGACCUGCUGUGGACAUACUCGGUCGGCGCCGACAAGUUCAGGAAGCAGGAGAGCGCGCUGCUGGUGGACGGCUCACGGCUUGGCCUGAAUGACACGGACGUGGUGUUUUGGGGCGACGCCGAUAGCUCCGUGCGCGCCCUGCGCACCUCCGACCUCACAGUGCUGUGGCAGAUCAGCCUGAGGGACAUCGACGUGUUUCCCGAGGUCGAGUCGCUGCCACCGCCCGUUGUUUGGCUGCAGUUUACGCUGUCGAACGGGGCUCUCUACAUCCCCAGCGACCAGGGCCUGUUUGUCGUUAACGUCACCAAUGGUGCUCCCCUGUGGACUGACCUGCGCGGCCGCAUCAACGCCAUGGUGCUCGUGGUGGAACGCCCGGAGCUGGGGGGGGCGCAGGUCGUGUACGGCAGGUACCUCUCCAACGUGGAUUCCAACGUGCCCGCCUGCCGGCCCAACAACCCCAGCGGCGGCAUCAGCACCCUGGCCACGGACGACUCCGCGACCACCCGGUUCCCUGUGCCCUCACCUGCUGCUGUCGCACCCGUGCCGACUGCCGCUCCCUCGCCCUCACCCUCACCUUCGCAAUCACCUUCUCCCUCACCCUCAACUUCGCCGUCGCCUUCGGCCUUGGCUCCGCCUUCGCCUAAGCUGUCGUCCGCAGCCAAGCCCUCUUCCGGGGUGGGUUCCUUCUUGCCUGCGGCCUCUCCCGCCCCCAUCCCGACCCCGGCUCCGACCUGCCCGCCGUGCCCCGCCCGCGCCAACUGCUCCUCCGCGCCGGCUCCGGCCCCCACCACUGCCUCCAUGUCUCUGGGUCUGACUGUGGUUUCGGUCAAGCUGCUUAAGGCGGACAAGAGCUCUCAGGACCGACUGCAGGCGGCGGUUUCCAAGCUGGUCGACAGCAAGUCCGUGCGCGUGAGCAUGCUUUCUGUCGAGGCGGUGGGUGGCAGCAGCUCCGGUGCUGCGGUGGUGCGCCUGUCGCUCAAGGCCAGCAGCAGCAAGGCACUGGCGGCGGCCGUGGAAGGACUUCAGGAUGCGGCCCUGGAUGGGGAGCUUCAGGCGGCACUGGGGGCAAAGGGUGUGCGUGGCGGCGCACUGGCAGCUGCCAAGGUGCGGAGCGUGGUGGUUGCUGUGUCGCCGUGAGCCGCUUCAAAGUUACUCAUGUCGGAAGGACGGUUGGUAUUACUGGGACCAAACAGAAGUGCUCGAGAUUGCAAUGCACAACUUGCGGGUUGUUGGGGACUCAGCGCCUUUCUCGGCGCAGGCAUUUAUGCAUUUAUCAUAUAAGCUUGGAGCUUCGCCGCGUUAUCCUUUCUCGGGUUGAAUGAGGGGGACGCUGGCGGUUACUAUCCAGCUGGGGGUGUUGCAAGUUGCUCUGUCAAGACCAGUGAAGCCACUUUCCCUUUUCCUUCCUGGCGAGUUUCAGGAGGACGGGCGUUGGUCGCUGACCGUAUGUAUGCUGGGGGUGUUAUGGUACUCGGGGUACUGGGGAAUAAGUGUGAGGCUAGACCGCCGUGAAAGGAAACCAGUGCCGAUGACGCAGAGCCGGAGUGCGGGGCAGGGAAAGUAAUGGCAGGACGUGGCGGGUUGGUGUAGGGUGCCAUUAUCAAGAAAUCGUCAACCUUGUUUAUGAGUGAGAGAUUGCAGUAUUCACGGCUGGAAAGCGCGUGAGUUGGCUGACUACGGUCGAUGGAUUGCAGGGUACACUUUAGAUUCAUGCUGCGAUUGGAAACGGUCUGCUGUCGUUAUCGUUGCAGUGGUUACGUUACACUUUGCUGCCUGCGGUACACUCUGUUGCUUUCCUUCCCUAAGGUGACGGCUGGAUGCGGGCAGUGCAAAAGACCGAUAGACGGUACUACCGGUAGCUCUGCCGGGUGCUGGGGCACGCGGCAGCGCAGGCUACGGCCACAUUAGGCUAUGGGGGCCCAUUACCUGCUUGGUACCCUUUUCUAGAGUGAGCUCCUUUGUUCACCGGCCCGGCGGCCCCGCCAGUUGCCAGCCGAUGUUGUGCAACUCGGCACUCACAUGGGGCCAUGCAUAAGCAUUGGGUGGGGAUGAACUUCGCAACCCACCAUGCCACCUCGCAGGCAGUACGGUUCAUAACGGAUGCCGCUGGCGGGGCUGUGGUUGCGGCUGCGGCUGCUGCGGUAUUAGCUGGACGCGCCAAUACUUAUUCGGGCUUACUGUAGACCAUGCAAUGUUGAUCCAACAAUACGGAAAUGUCUGAUUCGGGAUGGGCUGUUGGUUGAUUGCUGCCAUCAGGCACCAACAAGACAUCUCUUAGGAAUGCCAGGCUUUGCCGCCUCUGCAACUCGAGUAUGAAGGCUGAACGGCAUGUCUUGUUGUUGGCAUCGGAGGACAUGCUGGCUGAGAGGCAGCAUGGAAGCUUGGGUAGCUGUUUGCAAUAAUGUCGAGCACGACAAGCAUUAGCAGGAGGCAAGAUGUGAGACGGACCGCAGCCGGACAGUGCCACGGUGGCUCGUUUGGCCUCCUUAUGAAACUGAGAGAAGCAUACUUGCAAC